AUGCAUUGGCGUUACAACGAAUUUCUUGCGGGAGCAAUAGCCAACCUGGCCACGGUUUCGGUUGGUUGUGGUAUUGCGUGGCCUUCCCCAAUAUUUCAGAAGCUGUCCGCCGCCGAUCUGAACGAUAACCCAUUCGGCAAGGUACUGUCGGAGCGGGAAAAGAUGUGGUCCGAGGCGGGCUUAGCAAUCGGAGGCUUGGCAGGUCCUCUACUGGCGUUUUGGGUCAACAAGCACAAGGGCCCUCGAAUAGCGCUGUUACUGAGCAGCGUCCUAUACAUCGCGGGUUGGCUACUGUGCAUGAUCGUUGGUUCUGUGUCACUGCUGAUAUUAGCACGCACCAUUGUUGGAUUUGCUAACGGUUACGUCCUGCUGACGGUAACACUCUACAUUGGCGAGAUCGCCAGUGAUCGUUAUCGGGGUGCGCUGGGAUGCUUCAUUCAGAUCGGAACUACGCUGGGGAUACUGGUCGUGUACUGUGCCGGACCGUUUGUAAGCUAUCUCGCGCUUCAGGCCAUCUGCUGUGGUGUUCCCAUACUGUUCGGGACACUGUUUCUGUACAUGCCGGAGACACCCCACUAUCUGGUGCAGCGUGGACAUCACCAGCGCGCGCUGGAGGCGCUCAUGUUCCUGCGCGGUGCUCGACAUGCCGAUGAGGUUAGGUCCGAACUGGAGGAGAUCAAGCAGUACGUUAAGCGGCGAGAUGGCGAUGAUGGUGCACCGGCCCGAGCAGUCCAUCACCUGCAGCGCCUGCUGACACAUCGUGGCAACCAAAAGGCGCUCUGGAUCAGCUUGGGAUUGGUGCUGUUUCAACAGUGUUCCGGCAUCGACAUCAUCCUGGCAAACGGGGAGCUACUGUUCGCCAAAUCGAAUGCUUCCCUGGGCCCGAUCUACGGUACCAUCGUGCUGGGUGUGCUGCAAUUUCUGUCCAGCUGUGUAACACCAUUCUUCAUCGAGCGUUCGGGCCGUCGCCCAAUACUGCUCGCAUCAUCGGUUGGUCUGAUGAUCGCGUUAGCCACACUCGGGACGUACUUCGUGCUGAAUCGCUAUACCGUUUCGGUGGAGUCUAUUCGCUGGUUGCCGCUAACGGCACUGGUCGGUUUUGUGACACUCUAUAACGCAGGCUUCGGCCCAGUCGCUUGGGCCAUUGUGAUGGAGAUCUUCGCCCACGAGCUAAAGCCGAUCGGCGUCACGUUGUCUGUGCUCGGUGCCGUACUGUUCGACUAUGCCAUCCUGCAGAUAAUCACCGUCCUCAUACAGAGCGCCGGCUUAGAUUGGGCAUUCUGGAUUCUCGGCAGCAUCUGUGCCGGUGCCGGCCUGUUCUGCUGGCUGUACGUCAUCGAAACGCGUGGACUUAACCUGGUCGCGAUCCAGGAGCGCUUGAGCGGUAUCAAGACGGUACGAUUAUGA